CCCCAACUUCCUCCUUCCUCUCUCUUUCCAGCCUCAGCCCAGAAGGGGGAUGGUGGAAACAGCCUGGUCACUCAGCGUGUCUGCCAUGAAGAUCAGCUCCAGGACGGCGAGAUGCGGGAGGUCGAGGUGGCCGGAUACCCUGUGCUGCUGUUGAGGGAAGGACCGGUCAUCCGAGCGCUGGGCGGCCGCUGCCCUCAUGCCGGAGCUGCCCUCUGCAAAGGCUACUUGGCAAAGGGCCGGUUGCGCUGCCCCUGGCAUGGAGCCUGCUUCAGCACUGAGACCGGUGACAUUGAGGAGUAUCCCACCCUGGACUGUCUGCCUGUUUUCCAAGUGACCGUGGAGGAGGGGCAGGUGCAUAUUUCAGCCAGGAUGAAGGAUCUCGAGAGCAGCCGCAGAGUGAAGCCCAUGGCCAGAGAGUGCCAGAUGGACCCCCAGACGAUCCUGCUGCUGGGAGCAGGCCCGGCAGCCCUGACCUGCGCGGAGACGCUUCGGCAAGAGGGUUUCACCGGAAGGAUCGUCAUGGCCACCUGGGAAGAUCACCUUCCCUACGACAGGACAAAGUUGACCCAGUACUCGGGGGCCCCAGCCGACAGCCUGUAUCUCCGGAGCCAGAGUUUCUUGGAUGCCCACGACAUUGAAGUCCGGAAGCAGAGCGAGGUCGUGUCUCUGGAUCCUGCAGGCAAGAUGGCCCACUUCCGGGAUGGGAGAUCCCAGGCGUAUAGCAGCCUGCUGAUUGCCACAGGCAGCAGCCCUCGGAAGCUCCGGUGCCCAGGUUGUAGCCUGGAUAAUGUCCGCACGCUCCUCACCCCUGAAGAUGCCGACCGGAUCCUGGCCUUGGCCCUUGGCAAGACCGUCGUGAUUGUAGGAGCCUCUUUCAUUGGGAUGGAGGUGGCAGCCAGCCUGGUUGGCAAAGCAGCCCAGCUACACGUGGUGGAGAAAGAAGAGCUGCCCUACCUGCUGACCCUGGGGGGUCAGGUGGGCACCGUGGCCAUGAAGAUGCUCCAAGCCCAGGGAGUUCGGUUCCACAUGAAGACAGAUGUGGCCCAGAUGCAGGGAGAAGAUGGGAAGGUCACCAGGGUUGUCCUUAGCAACGGUUCAGUUCUCCCUGCGGACUUGGUGGUGGUGGGCAUCGGCGUCACUCCGAAUUCCAGUUUUGUCCAGGGAAGCUCCAUCCGCCUUGACCGUGGCGGUGCCAUCCUGGUGGACCUGUUCAUGCAGACCAGCGUCCCCUCUGUCUUUGCUGCUGGGGACGUGGCCUCCUUCCCCGUGGCUCUGUUUGGUGGAAAGUCUGCGUCCAUCUAUCACUGGCAGAUCGCCCAAGCCCACGGACAUGUGGCGGCCCUGAACAUGUUGCGCAGGCAGAAGCCGCUCCACACGGUGCCCUUCUUCUGGACGAAGCUGCAGUCGAAGAGCAUCCGCUACGCAGGCUACGGGAAGGGCUACACGGAGACUGUGCCGAAAGGCGAACUGGGCCAGGAGAGGUUCCUCCUUUUCUACCUGAGGGAUGGCUGGGUGACUGCAGUGGCCAGCCUGAACUUUGACCCCCUGGUGGCCGUGGUGGCCGAGACCCUGUACUCCGGGAAACGCAUCUCCAAGCAGGAGGCAGAGUCCAUGAUGGAGGCGAAGGAGGUGCUGAAUGAAGAGCCGCCCCAAUAGACGGCCUCACCGCUUGGGGGUCACAGGCAGAAGCCCCCUUUCACCCAGCUGAAAUAAACCGAGAACAAGAAAACUCUGACUUUGGUCCCCUUCUUCUGAGACUUUUGAGCAGGGGGCCACCGACCCCCAGGAGGCUUUUGGCUCUGCUCCAGCCUCGGGGCGCUAAGGCUUCCUGGCCUGGCAACUUUAUGUGGACUUUAAUUCCCAGAAUCCCCCAGCCAGCCAGGUUGAAGUCCAUGCAUCUUCAAGGCUGGGAAAAUCUGCUCUGGCGGGUGGGAUGGUCAGACCCAUUCAAGGUCGCCUCCGACUCCCUCCGGCUGGAACAAGGCCUUUCUCUGUUAAAGAAGAGACUGAAAGGAAUGAAGAGUUGACUUCUGGGGCCCGCGGUUAUUUAUAGCUGCGGUCCUUGGGGGGGGGGGUGUAAUCCCGCUGCAGGGCGAACUGGACCAAGAGCAACAGAGCCCCAAAAGGGGGGGGGAGAGGGAAGGUUAUGAAAUCUGUCCCUGCCCUCCCAUGCAAUGUUCCUUCCUAGCUUAGAACGAAGGAAGCAGGGACGCAGCACACCCAGUUCCAAGGCAGAAGCAGAAUCCCCCCCAACCACCGCAGCCCUCUCGGGGUUCUCCCUUGGACCGCCAGCUUCCACAGCCCAGCAGUUCCACGCUCAGCCAGCAGGUGGAGUGGCCGUCCUGGCAUCGAUCCGCACGCCUGGAGGGCACCGACUCCUGAAUGUCAGGGAAGCCUAUACUGUCCCCCCCCCCCCCCAAAAGGUUGUCUGGGGACAGGACAAGGCAGAGGGCUGGGCCAGGGCAGCUUCUGUCUCCUCAACUCAGCUGGCAGGCUUCCACCUAGGUCCUGCCCCCCACCCCCCCCCACUGCUGGGCCAAGGGGGAAAGAGGAUCACACACGCCCCUUUCCGCUCAGCCCCGCCUGCCUCUUCCUGUCACAUCCUGGGAACUGGGCUGAACACCAGGGCACCCAGCGGUUGCAAGGGAGCCCCUGGCCAAGUCCACCACCCCAGGUGCUGCUGCUGCUGCUGCUGCCAUGAGGGGCAAAAGGGCUCCGAGGGUCCCACCACCCAUGCUCCCUGUGUGUGUGUGGUGUGUGUGUGUGUGUGUCGGGGUGGUGGUGGUGGGGAAACAGGUUGACUGGAAGCCUCUGCCCAGCAAUGGAGACUCAAAGGAGGAGAACUGGGACCUCCUCUGGCCAGGGGAGCAGCCAGACACCCCCCAUAUCAUCCACAGAGCCCAGCCGGGACCAGCUGAGGCAGCAGGCCAAGGACCGACUGGGCGGGGCAAAGCAGCACUCCACCACUUGCAGCUGUCCAACGAGGCCCCUCUCGGCCCGGCAGGAGAGGCCUGGACGUCCCGGGGGCUCCGGAGAAGGACGGACUAGCAGGCUGCCUUACCUGUCAAGGACCCGGUGCAGCUGCCGGCCGGGGCUGUGUCGGUCCGUCCGUCCGUCCGUCGGCCGGCCCUGGCCGAGUGCAGCUACGGCCAACAGUUCUUCAACUGGCAGCUUUAGUUGCCGGAGGGGACGUAAAGCGUGCCACUGAAGAACUGCUGCGGGUAGCCAAAGGGGCCGGAGCGCCAGGCUGGGGAGGGGGAGAGAGGGGCGCCGUUAGAGCGGAGGGAAGACCCGGCACUCGCCCCCCACCCAGCAGAAAGACCGGAGCCGCUUCCGCCCCAGACGCCGCCCGUCGCCUGAGUCAUCGCAGCCCCGUCUCGGAGCUUCUCCGCAACCC